GUCUACAAGAUCAUCGACAGAUCUGAGGGGUUCUACAUCAACAAGGUGUCACCUUCAUAUCGCUCCCAAACAACCAUUUGCUUCACCUUUGGCAGAGAUGCUGCUGUUCAGCGCGAGUGGGCUGGCAGUAUAACAGCCAAAGUGAAGUUGACGGAGCUUGAAGAGGCUUUCAUGAAAGAAGCCAAAGAGCGCGGAAUGAACGGCCUCGAAGGGCAUCCAGCAUUCGGUGGCAUCCGCAUUUGCCUUUACAACGGCUUGCCUGAUACAGCUGUUGAUGAGGUGCUCCUUCUCUUGCAGGACUUUGCCGUGGCCUUCGGUGGGAAAGCCAUUUGCGCGUUCAAACACGGCGAACUUUGUAACUGCAAGGCCCGCCUUUUUCCAGGAUCAAAGUAUUAUAUAAGUAAGUAUUCUGUCAUUACCUAGUGGAUGUGACGGAAAAAGGUUCAUCCUCUCCAGUGAAAUAUGAAUGUAUGCCACCCAGCGAACGUGAAAGUAUUUCGCAGUGUGACUGUGGAGAUUCAGUUUAGUGGUAGCCUAUGAAAGCACAAGCUCACAUUCACAGCAGAAUGCACGCCAUUUGCUUGCUGCAGGCCUGUCAGUGCGACAGGAAAGCAAGCACCAUGGCAAGAUUGCUUGCUUUCAAGAUUUUCUUGAGGGUUUUCCCAUGGUUUUCCCAUGCUCAAUUGGUGUUGCUUUGACUCGAGGGGCGCAGCACAUUCUUUUAAAGUCUUGGGCCCUGGGCCGCUUUUUGGGAUCGUAUCCAUCAUGACCAUUAUGAAAACAAGGUAAUCCUCAUCGUUACCCUCACCCUCAUCCUCACCUUUCAUCCUCACCCUCACCCUCAUUACCACCAACAACAACACCACACCACCACCAGCAUCAGCAUCAGCAUCAGCAUCAUCAUCAUCAUCAUCAUCAUAAUUUUCUUCAUCUUCGUCUUCAUCUUUCUCCUCCUCGCUGUUACCAUCACAAGUACCAUCAUCAAAACCGCCAUCAUUCAGACCCUCAUCACAACUACUAUCAUUAAGCGUGAUCACUGAUUCUUUGCAUUCAGCCAAUAGGUCCCUCAUUGUCCUUGUCUAUUCCUGGCGACUCCUGUCAGCUCACAUAGGUAAACUGGAAGAUCUUUGGAGAGUACCCCGACUCGCUCCAACACGGAUGCGCUGAUCUGAGGACAGAGAAGCAGAUGCGGAGGUGUUGUCGAAGACAGACCAGCUGGAUAAGAUUGAGAGGAUGUGAAUUGGUGACAGGUGCAUUGCAUCAUACCUCCGAAGAAGCCCGUUGAAAUUGAUGCCCA